AUGAAUUUAAGCGCUGCUGUAGGUGCUCUAAUGGACAAACCUUAUGACGAAGCUUAUGAACUCAUAGAAAACAUGGCUCAAAAUCAUUUCCAAUGGGGAGGAGAACAUGCUGCUGUAGAAAAACCAAAUCAGAAAAGCGGAAUGUACAAAGUCAAUGGCAUAGGCCGCAUCAAUGCUAAAGUGGAUGCACUUACUCAAAAGAUUGAAAGCUUGGCCAUAACACCAGCAGCUAUCGUAGCUGCUAUAACACCAAACUGUGAAUUAUGUGGAACCCCUGGGCACACUAAUGUUGAUUGUCAGUUAUUGGCUGGUGUUCCCACCGAUCAAGUAAACUAUGCCCAAGGAAACCCAUAUUCAAACACUUACAAUCCUGGUUGGAGGAACCAUCCAAAUUUUUCCCAUAAAAGUAACAAUGCUUUGUUUCCACCAAACUCAUCACCUGUUAUUCCACCUGGCUAUCAGAAAGGAGCCCCUGUUGCUCCACAAGCACCUAGAAAGUCAAAUUUGGAGAUCAUGAUGGAAAACUUUAUAAAUACCCAAGCUCAACAAAAUAAAUAA